AUGGCUACUGCACCCCCGGUACCACACCCUGUUCCCGACAGUGGUAUGAAUGGCCAUGGUCAUCACGGUAUCCCACGCUAUCAUCCCAUCGCUAUGAAUCCCAAUCCCCCACCUCAUCCAUCAAUGCCUCCUCCGGAGCAGAUGGUGCAAAAUCACCAUUUCCGCCACUUUGCACCGCCGCCGUUGCACGAUCUUCACCCACACCCUGGUCCCUCGCCGGUGCCGCAACCGCCGAGUCCAAGCUCAUUGGAGCAGAUUGAAGUCCGCCUACGACAAUUGGAACAUGAAGAAAUGAACCGGAUGGCUGCCCGCCAUCAUAUCCUUGCAGUGCGCAAGCGGGAAGAUGAAGAAUUCCGCAGAUUGACAGAAGGCGCCGAAGCCGAAGAAGAGGACCUGCGAAGGCAGAGAAAAAGGAUUAAAAGAGAGUCGAUGGGCUUGAUUCAGAAUUGUACAGUCGACUCGCCGCCAUUGCGGCCUACACCACCGCGCCGGUUGUCAGAGACCAGCGCGGCCACAACACUCGCUUUCUUCAAGCAGCAGAGUCCACCGGAGCCUCGUCAAACUCCUCUUCCUGUAUCACAGCCUCCACCUCCACCUUCUAUGCUCCCGCCGGCUCAUAUGCACCCUCAAUCUCACCCACCUCAUCCACCUCAUCAAGCUCAUCAAGCUCAUCAAGCUCAUCCGCCUCACCAAGCCCAUCAACCUCAUCAACCUCAUCACCCUCCUCCGCCUCCGCCAACUCAGCAGCACCCUAUUGCUCCACACGACCCUUCUGCUGGCCUGGGUUCUAUCCGACGCAAGCAAAAGUACACUAUCAAGAAUGUUGAGGCCUGGGGCGAGCGCCAUGGCCGUCCCGCCGCACAUGAUCCAUCUGGCCGCGCUUUAUGGAAGCGGCCAUCGGAUGGAAGCCUAGUUUAUCUCACAUGUCCUAUUUCAGGCUGCGGGAAAUCAGAUUUCGUCACCCUCCACGGAUUCAUGUGCCAUUUGACCAAAAAACACAAGGACCGCACAUUGGGCAGCCAGUCACGAGCCCUCGAAAUCUGCGGCAUCGUCUACGACCCUAACGCUCCACUCCCACCCAUUAGAGCUAGCAACCGCGCCUCCACGGAGGAGAGCCCGGCAGCAAUGGACCACGACGGCGAACAGCGAGACGACGAUCUCGACUCCGAGGACGAAGAAAUGGAAGACGACCCCCGGGAAGAGUCAUAUCGAGUAAAAACCGAGGUCACGGAACGCUCGAUCCCAGACGCAGAAGACUCCUCGUUACCUCUUGACACCUCUACGCCCCCCAACCCUAUUCUCAACGGAUCCAUUAAGCAGUCCAUUUUAUCCAUUAUCGACCGCACUCCGGAACUGGAGCCGCGGGACGCCCUUGCCUCCCUGCCAACUUCGGAAAGCAUCUCUCAAGGGCCAACGCCACAUCCCGGGCAGACCGUCCCCUCCAAGCGCAAAUACGAGUACUCGCCUGAGAAGGAGAACACCGAGCCAAAGGAGGGAUCUACGCCUGCGUAG